AUGAAUAAUUUGUUUAGAAUAACAGAUAUAAUAUUAAAACGUCAACGUAUGCCAUGGAUGUGGCCUGAUGUAAUAUUUAAAUUCUUAUCUGAAGGACGAGAACAUGAUCGAUGUUUAAAAAUCAUUCAUCAAUUUACAAAAAAAGUUAUUCAUGAUCGUGCUCAAGCAUUUCAUGCUAGUGAAGUUCAUGGAAAACAUUCUGCAUUUCUUGAUUUACUUCUAAAACAGAUGCAUGAUGAACAAUUAACACUCGCUGAUAUUCAAGAAGAAGUUGAUACAUUUAUGUUUGAAGGACAUGAUACAACUGCAGCAGCAAUGAAUUUUACUUGUUUUAUGAUUGCAUUACAUCCGGAAGUUCAACAAAAAUUACAUGAGGAAAUCGAUAAAGUUUUCGGUGAUGAUUAUGAUCGCCCAUGUACAAUGGAAGAUUUAAAUGAAUUAGAUUAUUUGGAAUGUGUUAUUAAAGAAACACUUCGACUUUUCCCAUCAGUUCCAGGUAUUGCACGUGAAGUACAAGAAGAUUUUAUGUAUCAUAAUUUUAAAAUUUUACGAGGUUCAACAGCUGCUAUAAGUAUUUAUUAUGUUCAUCGUGAUCCGAAGCAUUUUCCUGAUCCCAAUCGAUUUGAUCCAGAUCGAUUUUUACCAGAAAAUAGUGCUGAUCGAUCACCUUAUGCAUUUAUUCCAUUUUCAGCUGGCUCAAGAAAUUGUAUCGGACAACGAUUUGCUAUGUUAGAAGAAAAAGUCGUGUUAUCAUCGAUAUUAAGACAAUUUAAAUUAAAAACUUCUCAAUCACGUGAUGAAUUGAAUAUUUUAUUUGGAAUUAUUCUUCGUUCUGAACAUGGCGCUUUUGUACAAAUUGAACAUCGGCAUUAA